AAUGUCCAAUAGCAGCGCUCGAGGGAAGGGCUAACGGGAUUACGUAACAAGUACGUUGAGUUGCGAGCGGGAGAUUUUAUUUCGAGUACGAUAAACUGUAGGCAUUCUUCUCCUAUCUAUAAAUCAAGAUGGCUAUGAGGAGUGAGGCCCGGGUGGAGGCAGAGGUUGAGGAGGAGGAGAGUUUUGGACCUCAGCCACUGAGUAGACUGGAGCAAUGUGGUAUCAGUGCCGGUGACAUAAAGAAGUUGGAGGACGCAGGCUUCCACACCAUCGAGGCCGUGGCCUAUGCUCCGAAGAAGGAGCUGCUCAACAUCAAAGGGAUCAGUGAGGCCAAGGCAGACAAAGUCCUGGCUGAAGCUGCCAAAUUAGUGCCCAUGGGUUUCACCACAGCAACCGAGUUCCACCAACGGCGAGCUGAAAUCAUCCAGAUCUCCACCGGGUCCAAAGAGCUUGAUAAGCUGCUACAGGGUGGGAUAGAGACCGGCUCCAUCACAGAGAUGUUUGGAGAGUUCCGGACAGGGAAGACACAACUGUGCCACACCCUUGCUGUCACAUGUCAGUUGCCUAUUGACCAGGGUGGUGGAGAGGGCAAAGCCAUGUACAUUGACACAGAGGGCACCUUCAGGCCAGAGAGGUUACUGGCUGUGGCAGAGCGGUACGGACUUGUUGGGAGUGAUGUUUUGGACAACGUAGCCUAUGCCAGGGCUUUCAACACAGACCACCAGACCCAGCUCCUUUACCAAGCGUCAGCCAUGAUGGCAGAGUCCAGGUACGCCCUGCUGAUAGUGGACAGUGCCAUGGCCCUCUAUAGGACUGAUUACUCUGGGCGGGGAGAGCUCUCUGCACGGCAAGGCCACUUGGGACGCUUUCUGAGAAUGCUGCUGAGGCUAGCAGACGAGUUUGGUGUUGCUGUGGUGAUAACCAAUCAGGUGGUGGCCCAGGUGGAUGGAGCCGCCAUGUUCUCUGCAGACCCUAAAAAGCCCAUCGGAGGCAACAUCAUGGCACACGCCUCCACCACGCGACUGUACUUGAGGAAAGGUCGUGGGGAGACGAGGAUCUGCAAAAUCUAUGACUCGCCCUGCCUUCCGGAGUCUGAAGCCAUGUUUGCCAUCAACCCAGACGGGGUGGGCGACGCCAAGGAUUGAGCUCUGAUGGCACCGUGCCAGGAAGUGAGAGCGUGGCAGUAUGUCAUGUGGCAGUGUCUCUCACCCGCCACCAUCAACUUGCACAAUGGCAGCUCUUGUUUGUUUGUGUGCGCGAACGACCCUGGGAUAAGAGCUAAAGAAGAUUGGCUGAUGGGGAGAGAUGCUGGUCAUGACUUGUUUGAGAAAUAGGAUUUUGCACAAUCCCUUUCCUGAGGGGGAAACACAUUUCUACACUAUGGAGUACUUGUCAUGGAGAAUGAUGCGGAUGCCGUAAACAGUGAUUCACAUUCUUAGGCUUACACUGUAUACCAGAGGUGGGCAACUUUUGUCUGGAAGAGCUGAAGCGCUUCUGUUUUUUUGGGUCUACCUGCUAUUUCGUAGCACUCACCUGGUAUCCCAGGGCUAAAUUAGUCCCUGGCUUGAAGUAGAUGGAAAAACAGAAGGGUUUUUGUUAUUCCAGGACCAGAGUUACCUACCACUGCUGUAUACUGUUUUGGAUGGGCCUAGAAGCUUUGAGAAACAGAGGGAGCUCAGCUUCACAGAAAUGUGUGGAAUUGAUUUCACCAACAAAAGGACAAAUAUUAUUGUUUUGUUAUUUUAUUCAAUCUUCUGUCUUCUGUGGCUUUAUUAUUUUGAAUAUUCAUGUUUGGUUGUACUUUUCUGACUUGUGUAUUUCAAGGGUGUCUGGUUCUUCACCAGCAUUGCAUUUUAAUAAUUAGUAUUUAUUAGGAUAGUCAUUAGCCCCUGUAAGGGCAGCAGCUGCUUGUCUUGGGGUCACCACCAUGUUUGGAUUUGACAUCCAGUCAAUAGAACAAUUACAUGUGUUGCUUUAAGAGCAGAUGCUUGACUGAAUAAAUGUGCAUGCCUGCCCCACUUAACUAGGUUUGACACCCUUGAAACUACAACAUGUCUUCUAUUGGUUUGUCCAUUCCAGAACUAUAGCUUCUAUAUAAAUAUAUAAUGCAUUGGAUUAAAAUUGUUUUAUUAGGAUACCCUGUCUCCUUUUAUAUAUAUCUAAACAAAUGUGUCAACUCAAACUAAACCCGAGUUGGAAAAACA